AGUCCGGUGAGUCGAGUGUUGAGUGUAGAGAACAUAGGACCUAGGCCAGAAUCGAACCGCCGUUGGGUUGGCUCCUCGGUACGGUGGUGGCUCUGUCCGACUGGUGACCGACCGUGGUCCGUCCGUCAUAUUCCCGGUUUGAAAGCAAGGUUGCGACUAGUUGUUGCGACGCAGGAAGGUGCAGUGGUCUGUGUACGGAGUUAUAAACGGAUCUACCGGCCAUGGAGAAGCGGAUAGAGCUGGAAAAACGGGGUAGAACCCCCGGUGAAAUCAAAGAACUCGUCCUUGACAAUUGUCGAAGUACAUAUAUUGUAGGUUUAACAGAUGAAUUUGCUGCAUUAGAAUCUUUAAGUCUUAUCAAUGUGGGUCUUACCAGUUUAAAGGGCUUUCCCAAAUUGUCAAGCCUCAGAAAGUUGGAACUCAGUGACAACAGAAUUUCUGGUGGUUUAAAUCUUCUUCAAUCAAGUCCAAAAUUAACCCACCUUAAUCUUAGUGGUAACAAGAUCAAAGAUCUUGAUACACUUCAACCUUUAAAAGAAUUUAAGAAUUUGAAGAAUCUUGAUCUCUUUAAUAAUGAAAUGACAAACUUGGAUAAUUAUAGAGAGAAAGUUUUUAGUCUUAUUCCUAGUCUUCAAUAUCUUGAUGGAUUUGACAUACAUGAUCGUGAAGCAGAUGACACUGAAGAAGAGGAUGACGAAGUAAAUGGAAAUGAAGAUGGUGAUGGAGAUGCCAAUGAAGAAGACAGUGAGGAAGUUUCAGAUGAAGAAGACGAUGAAGAUUAUGAUGAAGCUGGUGUAGAUUUAGCAGCUGUAUACAAAGAGGGUAUUGAGGAUGAUAGUGAUGAAGAUGAUUUCUUAUGCGAUGGAGAGGAAGAAGAAGAUGACGAUGAUGGUGAAGAUGAUGAACCGGAAGAAGAAGAAGAAUCAUCUCCUGCACGAGGCAAGAAGAGAAAACACGAAGAUGGAGAUUCAGGGAACUAGAAGCAUAAAAAAACAGAUUUCUGAUAUUGUUGAAUGAGUGUAAAAUUCAUAUAAAUAACAAUAACUGAGAUGCCGAGUGAACCACCUGGGAAUCAAACUAAUUGACCGACCAAUGACAGACUACAGUUAGUUGUGAGAGUUAAUCAGUAAAUCAUUGACUGACAAAUUGUCUGUAGAACAACAAAUCAUUGCAGAGGGAAAGAAUAUAGACGGAAAUGAAGAAAAAAAUGGUAAUGAUGGCAUAAAAAAUAGGGCUGCAUUCCAGCUGGACACAGUACGUUUUAGUUAUACUAACAAUAUUUUAUAUAGAGUAUAUAGUUAAAAUAUUAGCGGUGUUGCAUAGUGGACGAUAAAGAUCAGAUAUUGAUGGACACAGAGGCAGCAGUGGAGUUUUACACUUGAAGGAGCAUAUUUGUCUGUUAGCUCCAGUCGGCCAAAGGCUGGUCACGCUGGAAUGCAGUCAUCGUUAAUCAGUAAUAAGGUUACAUAAGUUACAUUUUAAAUACAUUAUUAUUGUACUAUGAGUAAGGCUAGAGUACACGAGGAACAACUUUUGUACAGGUUUACACCAUACAUUGAGAUGCAUUACGCAUCUGUGAUUUUUGGGACAGAAAAUAAAGAAAUGAAAUAUGUUG